GCUAAAACCCAUUGUGCAAAACCUUUCUAUAAUGCAGUUUUACACAAACAAUAUUCUGCAGUUCAUUUAUACUUUAUUUGGUUUUUAUCCAAAAAUCAUUCCCAUUUUUAUUUCAAAACUGUUCAUGUUUUGAAUUACAGCCUAUGCCGAUGACAUUGCACUCAUAUCACUUUUUCCGAACGCUAUGAAUACGCUUAUUGACAUGGCGUUUAUGCACAGUAAUAGAUGGCGAUAUAUACUACAUCCAGAUAAGUGCGUUGCUUUAACAUAUGGAGACACAUCAAACUCCAAGUUUAAUUUUAAACUGGGUGAAGAGAACAUUAAGAACGUAACUAGUGCAUUACACGUCGGUAUACCAUUAUCAACCUCGGGAAAUGUUAAAGACCACGUAGCUCGAGCAAGCUCCAAUGGGAAAAGGAAAAUGUACUCCUUAUUUGGUUUGGGUAGUAAAUCUGGAGGGUUGACACCUAUUGUUAGUGCCAAAUUGUACAAUAGUUUUAGCAUCCCAACUAUGUUAUAUGGGGAUCAAAUAAUUGACUAUAAGAGAGGAGAAAUUGAGCAGCUAGAGGUAACACAACGCCAAAUUUGCAGGCGCAUACAAUUUUUGCCCAAGAAUAGUAGUAACCCAACUUCAAUUAUGCCCCUUGGGAUUAUGCCAAUACAAAUGAAAAUCAUGUACGAUCGACUGCUGAUGUUUUUCGGAAUACUUUGUCUGCCAAUGAAUAACAUUUAUAAACAACUCAUGAUGUUAAGACUUACUCAGAUAGUAACGAGCAGCUUGCCAUCAUGGAAUUCACCUAUAUCAAGAAUGUGGCAAUGUGUACAGCGGUUCAACCUAGAAGAGGCAGUCAUAGAAAUGCUUACCUCUGCCAUUUUCCCAACAAAACCUGCUUGGAAGCUCAAGAUUAGAGACUUAAUAGGCUGCGAGAUAAGACGAGACUUUAGGACAACAAGCUCAAUGUACAAUAGGCACGAAAUAUGUCAGAACAUUUGCGAUAUCAGCGAGACGUCAGCAGGUCUUAUGAAGCCAACUGCCUGGUGGACGUUAUCAAGACUAAAACCAGAACUUCUCUUACCAUGUAAAAACAUAAUGCGCCUCGCCACGGACUGUCAUGAUCUUCGCGUUAAAAAUUCUGGUAUUAACUGUAUAUGUGUGCUAUGUGAUUUAUUUGAAAUAGAAACAAUUGACCACUUUCUGAAUUCUUGCAACGCGUACUCAGAUGAGCAUGCCAAACUGACAUUAAUCACAAGGAAAUACAUUAAUGCUUAUUCAAGAACAUCUGUUCUAUUUGCAUUCAACGAAGUUAACGUUGACAGAGAGGACAUGAUAGAGAUAUCUAAAAUCAUCUUAAGUAUGACAAACAAAAGGUCACGCAUGAUGAGAGCCUAUGUAGGUAACACAGGUUGCUCUUAGUUAUUGACUGUAUUUAGACAAUCAGGUAAUACCGCAAGUUUGUGUUUCAAACAAAAUAACAAAAAUGUUCAUAAUAUAGAUUG